CUUGAACAACUCAUUUCAACUGAACAAGACAUUUUUUUUUGAGAACCCAAGGCUUAGUAUGGGGCCCAGAUAGGCACGCAGUGGACUUUUGCUGGUGAAUGGAUGAGUGAAUGAUUUACUUCUCCUUUCUAAUGACUCCCCCACUCCACCCCCUAUAUCCACUCAUCUCACAAACAUGCACUGAACCGCUGACUGCUGAGCUCUCUCUGCCUACGGCAGGGAGCGCAUUUGCCAGCCUAGUCCCUGCCUAGGGAGCUGCCAGUGAAUUCUGACUGGUGGCCGAGUGGGCAGGGCAGUGAGGGGGUGAUGAGGCGGGUCUCGGUACAACCUCACAGGCAGGUGCUUUUCUGCCUGGACACUCCUCCCAGGGCCUCUUCUGAUUCAGAUACCUCCAGCCCCAGCUCCUCGUCCUCCAGGACUCUGUCCCAGGGCUGCCUGGCAUCAGGGGUCUCCUUAGAACCAGGGCUCUUCUGGCAGAGGCUGAGGCUCACCAGUGUCUUCUGGCCCCACCAUGAGUGAGGCAAACCAAACCAUCGCGGGGCCCUCCGAGGUCCCCACAGAAUCUGCCUCUGGACUGGGCAGCGGGAUCCGGGCAUGGUUUGUGCUGGUAGGGGUCGUCCUGGGGGCCGUGGUCCUCUCUCUCCUCAUCGCGCUUGCUGCCAAAUGCCAUCUCUGCCGCAAAUACCGUGCCAGCUACCAGCACCGCCCACUGCCUGAAACAGGGAAGGGAGCUCACCCUGAGGUGGGUGAAGAUGAGGAUGAUGAUGGCUUCAUUGAGGACAAUUACAUUCAGCCUGGGUUUGGUGGGCCAGAGACAGGGGCAAGCAGGGACCACUUCUCCCUCUGAGUCUUCAUCUUUGGACUACCCCACCCCCCAUCCCUAUGCUUGACAGCUUAAGGAGAGCAGAUAUUUUAUGGAAACCACAAGCCUCAGGGACUUGGUAGUUAGGGCUUAAGGGCUGACCAGGGGUGGAGUAAUCCUCCCUUACUCGACUCUAGUCACAAAAGUGAUCAUGACCCUCUUUUACUCAAUGACUCUCAAUGGCUCCCUCCUGUUCUCAGAAUAAAGCUUACCAAGGGUCUGACUUUGAAAUCAUGCCUCUGUUGGCCUUUGGUUACCCUUUUUGACUGUCCCUUCUUUACUUCCUGCUUAGCUAAUUCUUUGUUAUUCCUCCCUCUCCUACCGUGCUGUUUCUCCCUGGACCUUUGCUCACACUCCUCUUUUGCCUCGAUGCCUUUCUUUUCUCCCAAGUCCUCUCUGACAGUGAUGAAAAUCACCGGCCAGUAGACUCCAGGUGGCCUGCCUACCUGCCAGCAUUUAAGAUGUGACCUGAUGAUGGCAUUUUAGCAGGGGAAAUUCAAUGUGCCAAAUUUCUUACUGAGAUUUUUUUCCUAUCAAUAAAAUGGAAAUCUAAAUAGCUCUAUUAUGUUUUUCACAGAUAUUAAUACAUCUGUUUUCAUUUUAAUUAAAAAUAAAGUCUCUCAUUUUUAUUUUCC